AUGAAAACAUCUCCGCGCUUGAACAUAAUUAUAAUCCAUCCCGAUCUCGGCAUCGGCGGCGCCGAACGCUUAAUCAUUGAUGUUGCGCUCGCACUCCAAAACCGUGGCCAUCAAGUAACGAUAUACACCUCCCACUGUGAUAAAUCGCAUUGUUUCGAAGAAGCGCGUGAUGGUACACUCGAUAUUCGGGUUCGAGGAAACACGAUUUUUCCGCCGUUGUUGUUGGGGAGGUUUCAUUUGUUGAUGGCUGUGUUGCGACAGCUGCAUUUAACGAUAUCUGUUCUUUCGGAAAUGGGUAGGACGGGAAAGACACAAACAAAAGCGGGAGAGAAAAGAGAAGAAUCAGAAGAAUAUAAAGAUGAUAUUUUCAUUAUCGAUCAAUUACCGGCUUGCGUACCAGUCUUGAAGACUUGGGGGAGACGAUUUGCGCAGAUUCGUGGUGGUAAACAACGGAUACUGUUCUACUGCCAUUUCCCGGAUCAAUUGCUGGCGCGCAGGAAUGAGGGGUAUAUAAUCGUGCGACUGUUAAAAGAAGCAUAUCGGUAUCCCCUGGAUUGGUUCGAAGGUUGGGCGAUGAGCGCUUCUGACAAGGUCGUUGCCAAUUCGAACUUCACUCGUGGCGUUGUCAAGCGUGUGUUUGGGUCGGAUCGAUUGGGUGAUGUAAAGAUUGUGUACCCGUGCGUUGACACGAAGGAGUCUGCUCCAACAGAAACAGAGGUUGUGAAAGGGGAAUUGUGGGGAGAAAAGAAGAUUCUUCUGAGUAUUAAUCGGUUUGAGCGGAAAAAGGGUAUUGAUCUGGCAAUCCGGGCAUAUAAUGGUUUGUCUAAGGAGGAACGAAUAGGGACUCGAUUGGUUAUAGCUGGUGGCUAUGAUAAUCGCGUUCAGGAGAACGUCCAAUAUCACAAAGAACUCAAUGACCUAGCAUUGAGGCUAGGCCUGCAAACUGCGACCUCCAAAACUGUCAUAUCAGCCCUCUCAAUACCCGACGCAGUCGACGUCCUUUUCCUACUUUCAGUUCCAUCCGCUUUCAGAGAUACCCUUCUUCAUAAUUCAAAACUACUUCUUUAUACACCCGUCAACGAACAUUUCGGCAUUGUUCCCGUCGAAGCAAUGCACGCAGGUCUACCUGUUCUCGCAUCAAAUACAGGCGGUCCAUUAGAAAGUGUCGUUGAAAAUGAAACCGGCUGGCUCCGCGACACAACACAAAUCGAAGAAUGGACUUCUAUAAUGCGCAAUGUAUUAUUGGAUCUGACAGAUCAAGAUCUCGCCAAGAUGGCUGCAAGUGGUAAGAAGAGGGUCAAAGAUGUAUUCUCUCUCCACGCAUUGGAGGAUAAGCUUGAAGAGGAACUCCGAGAUAUGCUGGAGUCGAAUAGACGUCCUUUUAUGAAUCUGCAGUAUUUGCUGCUCGCUUUCUUGUUCUCAGGGGUUGUUGGUGCUGUUAUGGUUGCCCUAAUCCUACGGAGGGUGUGGCAAAUUUUGGAGGAGAGGGAUAUUGGGUAUACAUCGCAAGACAAGAUGCCAGAGGUUAUCGACUUGUUAGAUUCAUCGCCGCUGGAGCCCUCACAUCUACAACCUCCACCCUCAACGCAAGCGCGUCAUUCAUCCGUGCGAUUUCCCUCUCCAUCCAACGCAACCACAGCGUCAGCAGCAGCAAUUCCAGCCAGUUCGCCGAAUUUUCUAUCCGAUGAUUUUGACUCAUCUUUGUUUACUUUCGACACACCUGGGCGAUCAGCCAAAAAGAGGAAAUUGACGCCUCAGGCUGAACGAACUGCAUCACUACAACCACGGGUAGAAGCGCAACCUCGAGCCGUUGCCAAGUCGUCGACACAGAAUGUUAUUCACAGUGAUUAUUCAAUCUUCACAUUUUCAGAUGAUAUCGAAUCACCGGGUUUGCCGCACGUAAAUAGGGCUAAUACUGGCACUCCUACGGCUAUUACGAAAAAGACCACUGUGAGCACUACAUCUACAACUUUCUCCGGUCUAUCGACAACCAAGGUGAAGGCAUACAAACGGAAUGGAGAAGAGUCGGAUCCAAUUGUGUUUACAUCAUCUGCACCGGAGCAUACGACGGCAAAGGAAAGACAACAAUCACGACAGAACAAACUAUUAGACGAUUCUGGAACCAAGUCGUGGCCGUCAGUUAUCACUAUAGAUGAUGAUGAUUAUGAUGAAAUUCAGGAUUGGGGCGAUCCUUUCAAUGUAUCGCCACAAAACGCGUUAGAUAAACUCUUGGGCGAUCCGCGGCCUUCAUUGAAACCGGCCUAUUCUGAUCGAACUGCGGCUUUAUUGGCGAGUCUCCGCACUCAGGAUAGCACAGAAAAGAAAUUAACUACUACCUCGAAAGGGAAGAAUUCUACAACAAGUUUUGACGAUGUUGAUUUCGAUUUUGGUGAAGACUCGCUUUCAGAUGUACCCCAGAGACCAACGGAUAUACCAAAAACGAAGAGAAAACUAAAAGUCGAUGCAGAGGAGAAAGUAGCCAAAGCACAGGAGCGCGAGGCAGCUAGAGAACAGCGCAAGCGAGAAAAGGAGGCAGAGAAAGAGCGGAAACGCUUGGAGAAAGAAAAGAAGGCGAAAGAGAAGCAGCUGGCCGCGGAUAUUGCUGAAGUAAAUAAAUCAAAAAUCCACAAGAAAGAAUCCAUACCCGAAAUGAUUGUCGAUUUGGCAAGUACUUUUGAAGGGACUAGCGUUGGAAACCAGGUGGUUGAAUAUUUGAAAAAUCUGAGUGCUGAGCAUACUUUCUUUGAGAGUUCAAUGCCAAACAUCGUCAAAUGGCGCCGGAAAAAGAGAUCCAACUACAAUGAAGAUGCAGCACGCUGGGAACCGUGUCAACCUUAUAUCGCGUCCGAAGACCAUGUUCUGUGUAUGCUUUCGGCUCAGGAAUUUGUUGACAUGGUUAUCUGUGAGGGCGAUAUGCAAACGUUGGAUGGUCACGUUCAGAGACUAAAAGGCUCAUAUCGAGAUUGCAAGCCAAUAUACCUGAUUGAAGGUCUAACGACGUGGAUGCGUAGGAAUCAGAACUCCCGCAACAGAGCAUACCAAGCGGAGGUACUUCGCCAAAUCAAUGAUGUCGAUGAUACACCCGAGGAUACGAACGCUCAAGGCAAGCAGCGCGGUCGAAAAACCAAGAAGGCCAAAAAGCCCGAGGACACACCUCCCGUGGCGGACGACACGAUUGAAGACGCCCUACUCGAACUACAAGUCACCCACAACUGUCUGAUCUACCACACGAACGCCCCCGGUGAAACGGCCGAAUGGAUCAAAAACUUUAGCGAACACAUCUCCACGAUCCCGUACAGACACGUACAAAUGGGCAACUAUGACGGUGCUGCAUUCUGCAUGGAGACGGGACAAGUGAAAACAGGUGAAGAUAAAGUGGACACUUUUGUGAAGAUGCUACAAGAAAUCAACCGUGUCACUGCGCCCAUGGCUUACGGAAUAGUUUCCCAGUAUCCGAGUGCAGUUGAUCUAUUACAUGCCAUGAAGAAACACGGCCCGACAUUACUGGAAAAUGUGAGAAAGUCGGCUAAUAAGAAUGGAGCCUUGACUGAUUCUAGGAUUGGGCUGGCGGUUAGUAAGAGAUUGUAUAAGGUUUUUAUGGGAUUGGAUGAGACUUCUGCUGAUAUUUGA